CGUCGGCGUGUUCAAGAACGGGCGCGUGGAGAUCAUCGCCAACGACCAGGGCAACCGCAUCACCCCCAGCUACGUGGCCUUCACGCCCGAGGGCGAGCGGCUCAUCGGGGAUGCGGCCAAGAACCAGCUCACCUCCAACCCCGAGAACACCGUGUUCGACGCCAAGCGCCUCAUCGGCCGCACCUGGAACGACCCCUCUGUCCAGCAGGACAUCAAGUACCUGCCCUUCAAGGUGAUUGAAAAGAAAACCAAGCCAUAUAUUCAAGUUGAUGUUGGUGGUGGACAGAUGAAGACUUUUGCUCCAGAAGAAAUUUCUGCUAUGGUUUUGACAAAGAUGAAGGAAACUGCUGAGGCCUAUUUAGGAAAGAAGGUUACCCAUGCUGUUGUCACUGUCCCAGCUUACUUCAAUGAUGCUCAGCGUCAAGCUACAAAGGAUGCUGGUACUAUUGCAGGAUUGAAUGUCAUGAGAAUAAUCAAUGAACCUACUGCUGCUGCCAUUGCCUAUGGCCUGGAUAAGCGGGAGGGCGAGAAAAACAUCCUUGUAUUUGAUCUAGGCGGUGGAACCUUCGAUGUUUCCCUUCUCACCAUUGAUAAUGGUGUCUUUGAAGUUGUGGCUACAAAUGGAGAUACUCACUUGGGUGGAGAGGACUUUGACCAACGUGUUAUGGAACACUUCAUCAAGCUGUACAAGAAGAAAACGGGUAAAGAUGUUAGGAAGGACAACAGAUCUGUACAGAAGCUACGUCGGGAAGUGGAGAAAGCAAAGCGAGCUCUGUCCUCUCAGCAUCAGGCUAGAAUUGAAAUAGAGUCCUUCUUUGAAGGAGAGGACUUCUCGGAGACCUUGACCAGGGCAAAGUUUGAAGAACUGAAUAUGGAUCUGUUCCGUUCCACUAUGAAGCCUGUGCAGAAAGUUCUAGAAGAUUCUGACCUGAAGAAAUCAGACAUUGAUGAGAUUGUGCUUGUGGGUGGCUCUACUCGAAUCCCCAAGAUACAACAGCUUGUUAAAGAGUUCUUCAAUGGCAAAGAGCCUUCUCGUGGCAUCAAUCCAGAUGAGGCUGUAGCUUAUGGAGCUGCUGUUCAAGCUGGUGUCCUUUCGGGUGACCAAGAUACUGGUGAUCUGGUGCUGCUUGAUGUGUGUCCUUUGACACUUGGCAUUGAAACUGUUGGGGGUGUUAUGACCAAGCUCAUUCCAAGAAAUACUGUUGUCCCCACCAAGAAAUCACAGAUUUUCUCAACAGCAUCUGAUAACCAGCCAACUGUAACAAUCAAGGUCUAUGAGGGUGAACGUCCUCUCACCAAGGACAACCAUCUCCUGGGUACUUUUGACUUGACUGGAAUCCCUCCUGCUCCUCGUGGUGUCCCACAGAUUGAAGUUACCUUUGAGAUAGAUGUGAAUGGAAUCCUCCGUGUUACAGCAGAAGACAAGGGCACUGGAAAUAAAAACAAGAUCACAAUUACCAAUGACCAGAACCGCCUAACACCAGAGGAGAUUGAGAGAAUGGUUAAUGAUGCUGAGAAGUUUGCAGAGGAAGAUAAAAAGCUUAAAGAACGUAUUGAUACCAGAAAUGAGUUGGAAAGCUAUGCUUAUUCAUUGAAGAAUCAGAUUGGGGAUAAAGAGAAACUGGGUGGCAAACUCUCACCUGAAGACAAGGAAACAAUAGAGAAGGCAGUAGAGGAAAAGAUUGAAUGGCUUGAAAGCCACCAAGAUGCUGAAAUUGAAGACUUCAAAGCUAAAAAGAAGGAGCUGGAGGAAGUUGUCCAGCCAAUUGUUAGUAAGCUUUAUGGAAGUGCAGGCCCUCCUCCGGGUGAAGAGGAAGCAGGAGAAAAGGAUGAAUUGUAAAUUUUGAUCUCUGAAUGUUGCAUUGUAAAUACUGGACACUCGAACUCUUAAGAUAAUAUUGAACUCUAAUCUGGAAUGUAAUUGGAAUCUUCACUCUGUGUGGAGGUGGAAAUGUUAGCCCAAAGUGGCUGUUUACUGCUUUUCAUUAGCAGUUGCUUGAUGUCUGGGGGGGGGGAAGGGUGGGUAGUAGGGUGGGACUAUAAAAUGAACUGGGGUUUAGAAGUGUUCAUGUUGAAAACAGGUCAUGUGACUUCUGUGUAGAAUUUUUUUCUACCUAAGUGACCACAAUAAAUUUGUUAUUUACACUGGA